AGUAAGCAGCUCCCGUCGCAGCAGCAUAAACUCUUUGUAAAGCGUUUGCGUCUCCGAUGAACUGUCGUCGCUGCGGCACAGAAAUAAAACACAAGAGCGCGAAAAAAGCCCUUUUCUUUGUGUACACGAUAUACACGAAGAGACAUUCUUCGAUCGACUCGGAUACUUCGUAAUUAACUUAAAGUAAAGGAAUCGAACUCCGUACUUGUCACGCCCAGAGUUCGAUGCCUACCAUGUCCAGCAACGCUCAGGAGAAGCUUCCUACCAAUCCACGGGAGUUCCCCGAUGACCGGGUGCCUAACUUCAUUCUCAAGGCAAAGAACGGCCACUUCCACUUCAUGAUGGUCGAGCCGGAUGUCUCGAAGAACUACCUGUGGUACAUGUCGGAGCCGAAGCUCGUCACCGUCCCUGAGCUGGAGAACGAAAUGCGCGUCCCUGGUCGUCGCUGGUACGCCACCGACCGCCCAGGCUUUGAGCUGCAGCAAAAGAACAAUGCCCUGGCCACAGAAGGCGAGCCGUACGUGUGCCUGCACAACAUCAAGAACCGUGACCUCUACUACUUCGGCCGCCGCCACGCGGAGCCGCCGGUGGAGAAGGUGACCCUCGUCGCCUCCGUCGCAGAGCUCUACCUCAAAAGCGCCACCCAUCGCAAGCGUCUCGUGCGGGUGCUGAUCGACAACAUCCGCCGCAUCCUCAAGAACCCGCAGGUGUUCCGCAACGGCGACACAAUGAUUGAGAUUCGCAAGGAGGCGCCGACGGAGGAGCAGCUCCGCGUGCUGGCCCUGCUGCCCGGCAUUGCCAAAAUCUACAGCGGUUUGGAAGGGAAGGAGGAACGAAGGGGCGACCCGCGCGGGCCGUACAUCUGUGACGGCGCGCAAGGCAUCCCGAUCACACCGGACCAGCGGGUGUUGGCUCUCAUCAGCGGUGGCAUUGACAGCCCGGUGGCGGCCUACCGCAUGAUGACGCGCGGCUGCCUCGUCAACGGCGUCCAUUUUCUCAACAGCACGAACGACACCGCCUCCGUCGUGGAGAAGAACCGUCGUAUCUGCGAGCGGCUUUCGAGCAUUCAGGGUCGCUUCGACAUGCACUACGUGGACAUCAGCACCCUGCAAUCGCAGAUCGUGGCGAACGUGCCGAACCACAAUCGCACCCUCAUCUACAAAUGGUUCAUGCUCUCCCUCGCGGCUGCCUUUGAUGACUCCCUUUUCAUUGUGACGGGGGACUCCGCGGGGCAGGUGGCGUCGCAGACGGUGCACAACAUCAGCACCCUCUACCCCUCGAUCCGCAAGGGCGUCGUCGCACCGCUCAUCGGCAUGCCGAAGAACUACAUCAUCGAGGAGGCGCGCAAGAUCCACACCUUCGACCUCUCCAUCCAGGAAGGCGCGGACUGCUGCCAGUACAUGAUGUGCAAAACCGGUGCGAACCUCAUGAUGGGUCGCCGCACCCUCGAGGCGUGUGUGCGCCGCGUGAAGCUGACGGAGCUCAAGGUGACGAAGGAGAUCUACCGCGACGGGCAGCUGUGCGAGUCAUCGGAGUUCACCUACUUCCCGGAGUCGGGGCUGCGCAAGGAGGGCGAUAACCCGGCCGUGUCCGCCGGCGCGCAGUCGGACGCGUUGCAGGACGGAUCGCUGGACGACGUCGUGUACUUCGACGCCGCAGCCGGCACGAAGAUUGCGGAGCAGGUGAAGAUGGCGAUGCUGCGGGCACCGGAGGGCAACCCAAACAGCAUGCACCUGAGCGGUCGUGCGGCGCGCAUGGCGGUGGAGAAGGUGCGGGCGCAGCUGGCCAGCGUCCUCCACGUACCGGCGAACGAUAUUAUCUUCACCGGCGGCGGCACGGAGUCGAACAACAUCGCCUUGAACGGGUACCGGGUGGUGCGAGAAGCGUGGUCGCACGCCUCGACAAGCGAGAACCACAACGUUCCCGCCGACGCCCCUGUUGUGAAGGUGAUCGACCUCGUGAACCACGAAACGGGUAGCCUGAACCGCAAUCUCGUUCGCCCCCCGGGUGGGCGUCUGCACAUAGAUGCGAGUCAGGCGUUGCUGAAGGUGGACUUCGGCUCGCUCGACUUGAGCGAGGUCGACUCCAUCACCGUCACGGCGCACAAAAUUAACGGCCCGGUCGGCGUUGGUGCCGUCUACCUCCGCGGCCUGAGCUGCAACAGGCUGUACAGCGGCGGUUCGCAGGAAAAAGGCAUCCGCCCGGGUACGGAAAACGUCCCUGCCAUUGUCGGCUUUGGCGUAGCGCUUGGCCUGGACCGCAGCCACUCCAUCCACAAGGAGAUCGAUGCCCUCAUGGUGGAGGAGCUUGAGAAGAUGGGCUGCGAGGUAAACCGUCGCGGUGAGGUGAGCGGGUUCAUCGUGCACGCGACGCUCCCGGAGGGCUACAGCAACACCGACGUCGUCUCGCGCCUGUCCACCAAGUACCACGUGGAGAUUGGCACCGGCUCGGCGUGCAAGACGAACGAGGUAAACACGACGGUGUACGACACUCUCGGUAAGAACCCCGCGCCCCUGCGGUCUAUUCGCAUCAGCUGGGACUCGUCUGCCACCCUCAACGAUGCGGAACGCGUCAUCAGCUCGCUGAAGAAUGUGAUGGAUGAAAUGAAGUUGAAGAAGUAA